ACGGCUCCGACGGGGCCGGAGCGAUGCCCGCGCGUAGCCGAGCCGGCUCCCGCCAGCGCUCCGGCUCCCUGCCUCGGCCUUCGCGUCUGCCUCUUGAGGCGCUGAGCUCCGCCUACGCGCCGAGGACCCCGGACUCCGACGGCGCCAUAGACACCGGCUCCGAGCUGGGUCCCGGCAGCCCGGCUCCCACCGCGGAGGUGAGCGGGCGCCGAGGCUGAUGAGAGGGGAGAUUGGGGGGCGCCCGCAGCCAAGGGAAGUAGAAGAGGAAAUGGCAGGCCCUAGUCAACUCUGCAUUCGCCGCUGGACUCCCAGGCAUGUGGCCGUGUGGCUGAAGGAGGAGGGGUUUUUUGAGUAUGUGGACAUCUUAUGUAACAAGCACCGUCUGGAUGGAGUCACACUGCUCACGCUCACCGAAUAUGAUCUCCGCUCUCCUCCUCUGGAAAUCAAAGUCCUAGGAGACAUUAAACGGCUAAUGCUCUCAGUCCGAAAACUGCAGAAAACACACAUUGAUGUUUUGGAGGAGAUGGGUUACAACAGUGACAGCCCCAUAAGUCCCAUGACGCCAUUCAUCAGUGCCCUUCAGAGUGCAGACUGGCUCUGUAAUGGAGAGCCUGCACACAGCUGUGAUGGGCCCAUCCCUGACCUGAGCUCUGAUCAGUACCAAUACAUGAACGGCAAGAACAAGCACUGUGCCCGAAGACUGGACCCCGAGUACUGGAAGACCGUCCUGAGCUGUGUCUAUGUCUUCAUAGUGUUUGGGUUCACCUCUUUCAUUAUGGUCAUUGUUCACGAGCGAGUGCCUGACAUGCAGACCUACCCACCACUCCCAGAUAUAUUCUUAGACAGUGUUCCUAGGAUCCCGUGGGCCUUCUCCAUGACUGAAGUGUGUGGCAUGAUCCUGUGCUACAUCUGGAUCCUGGUCCUCCUCCUUCACAAGCACAGGUCAAUCCUUCUGCGAAGGCUCUGUAGUCUGAUGGGCACUGUAUUCUUGCUUCGCUGCUUUACCAUGUUUGUGACCUCCCUCUCCGUGCCAGGACAGCACCUGCAGUGUACUGGAAAGGUGUAUGGAAGUGUGUGGGAGAAACUGCAUCGGGCGUUUGCCAUUUGGAGUGGCUUCGGCAUGACUCUGACGGGCGUGCACACUUGUGGGGAUUACAUGUUCAGUGGCCACACCGUUGUCCUAACCAUGCUGAAUUUCUUUGUCACAGAAUAUACACCAAGAAGCUGGAAUUUCUUGCACACUCUCUCCUGGGUUCUCAACCUCUUUGGAAUCUUCUUCAUCUUGGCUGCCCAUGAACAUUAUUCCAUUGACGUGUUUAUUGCCUUUUAUAUCACAACAAGACUCUUUUUGUACUACCACACUCUGGCUAAUACCAGAGCGUAUCACCAGAGCAGGAGAGCGAGAAUUUGGUUUCCUAUGUUUUCUUUCUUUGAAUGCAAUGUUAAUGGCACAGUACCUAAUGAAUAUUGUUGGCCAUUUUCUAAACCAGCAAUAAUGAAAAGACUAAUUGGAUGAAGACUCUCUCUCUGUAAUGAGUUUGUUGUUAAAUAUACAGUAGUUAUGGAAUGAAAACGAAUACCGUUGCUUUGUCCCCAGGUUCCUGGAUAUGUUGCAUUUUGGCUUCUGUGUUGACAGGCUUCCCGUUGUGAGUAAGGCUGUGACUGUGAAACUCAAGAAAGAGAACACAGGACUCCGUCUCUAGCUGUUUGAAUGGAGAGGCCAAGGAGAGAGUUUCUGCCCCUCACUGUAGGAAGACCCAGUGUGUGGGUUAUGUCAGGCCAUUACCUGUGCAUGUUGAGUGUUUGCUUACUGAACUCAAGCACAUCAGCUUGGGCUGGUUGAAGAAUUUUUACUGAUUUCCAAUAGGACUCAAGUCAAGAAGUAUUUUUUGAAGCUGGUGUUCCUUACCUAGUGAGCCAUUCUCAAAUGUUCAUUGAACUAAUCUGUCUGUCUGCAAAGUGAGUGUCCUACUGGUAAAUAGGUUUUACCUUUUGAGCCAUUUUAAAGAAAAACACAUUGAACACAGCAGUUUUUGUGAAACAAGAGAAUGCCAGGGGCAGGUGGGAGGUGACACGCUGAUCAGGGGUCGCUGGCCUUCCCACUAAUGCAGGUAUGGGGUCAGCAUUUCAGAACAGGUGCAGCCUCGGUUGCCGUCCCUGAUCUGUUUGGAAGUCUCAGUGUGAACACAGAAAGGGUUCAUGAGGGGAAAUGGCUGUGUUCUUAAUAGUAAAGUGGUGUCAUUUUAGUGCUGUAAGUAUCUGGAAUAAAUACUGUUGUGUUAGUUAGGCAGAUGACAGCCCAGUAUAAUGCUUUUUUAAUAAUGUGACUUAAGUGAAACAAAUGAGUGUUUUACCAGAUUUUAAAGUUCUUACGUCAGUGAGUGAGUAAGUGUGCAUGCAAAGAAUUUUUUUCUUCUGGGAAAAAAAGAACAAAAACAAAA